UCACUAGAUGUGCAUUAUGUAUGGAUGUGUUUCAGUAUCAAGGAAGCCUCCAGUCGACCCAGGAAGGAGUUCACUCCAAAGCCCAGAAUGACCCUGGAGCUGCUGCCCCCCAGCAAGAGCCUCAACGGGGGCUCCACUCCGCCAAGUCCCCCAGCAAAUCUACUGCGCCCCUAAGCCAGCCGUGCUGCCGGGCGAUCUACGACUUCGAGCCGGAGAACGAGGGCGAGCUGGGCUUCAAGGAGGGUGACAUCAUCACCCUGACCAAUCAGAUCGACGACAACUGGUACGAGGGAACCAUCAACGGCCAAUCAGGCUUUUUCCCUAUCAACUACGUGGAUAUUUUGGUGGCACUUCCUCAAUAGAGCCCGCCCAUCCCCCCCCCCACCCAAACCAAUCAAACAGCAUAGAUCUGCCUGUAAUUGAAUCGGUAAAAAGUCCCUCCUCCUUCUUCUUCUUCUUCUUCUUCUUCUGUGUUUUCGUGCGCUUUUUCCCUGACACGAAAUACCCCCUUUCCCCUGGGUACUGUGGCAGCGGCGGGGGGGGGGGAGAGACGGUGAGACGAAGCCAUGAGGAAGAUGAUGAGAAUGGAGAGGACAAAGGCUUAGCGGCGUGUUUGUGUUUGUGCAUGAUGUGUGUGUAACCUGUGUUCCCUUCAGCACCUGUAAUGUUACGACCAUGCAGCCUUUUUUGUCUUUCAGACCAAUCCCCGGUGGUUGGCGUUCUGUGGUUAACUUGUCGUGUUGCUGUGAGUCCUUGGUGUGUUAUGGCGCCCCCUGCUGUCAGAAACUAGCCGGCCGCUCCAACCAUCGCAGAACUCAAACAUGUUCUCUUACGUCAGGCUUGCUAGGGUUCCAAAUGUAUCAGCGCACGUGUUAAUCGAACUGGGGCCGACGGACGGUCAGUCAGAUAGUCAGACAGAUAGUUGGACAAUCCAAGAGACAGACAGAUUGAUGGUGUGUGGGUCCAUGAGGUAGCCUUUCACACACCAUCACACACCAAGCCAAGCAGCCAAUCAGGAAAGAGAUAUCCUGGAAGGUUACCCGUGCCUAGUUGUGUAAGUAAUAAGGUGUCUGUUGUGUGUUGGGCUCGUAUUACCUUGAUGGUUACAGGUUAGAUUAACCAUGAGGCUUCUGUUGCUCCACUCCUCUGCUCUGGAGCAGUGGGGGAGUUUGGACCAGACGCCAGGACUUCUACGGGGUCUCCAACAUAAGGAGGGAGGGUUGAACUUUGACCUCUGAUAUAAACUAUAUACCAGGGCUCAUGAAUAGAAGAGGGUUUGACACAGAGAACCCUGUUCUGAGUUACAGCAAAAGUUACAGCAAAAAAAUUAUUAUAAUAACUUCUCGUGACCAGGACAAUAAGCGAUAUUGCUAGAAUAAAACAAUAUAUUCCAUAGUAUAUAAAUCUAUAUCAAUCUAUACAUGUAUAUAUUCUUAAGUUUAUAUAUAUACAUACAUAUGUAUCAAUAUAAAUAUAUAUGUAUAUAUAUUUUACUUUUGUUACCAAAGCACAUCAGCAGAGACAGCAGAGCCAGAACCAGCAGCGUCUUGUUGCCUCAUCCUCCUGAAGACUGAGACUUUGUCCAACGUCGUUCAAUUGUUCCCACAUACCCUAUAUAGUGACCACUAUAAAGCACACUAUUAAGGGAACAAGGCAGGGAAUAGGGGCAAAUCGGACACAAUUUUGCGCAUCAAAUCUAUCAGUGUGACGUAUAUUGGUCUUCUAAACAAGCCAACGCGUUUGAGAUGACACCAGAUGUAGUGCUGCAUUCCGAUAAAACAAAUGGAAUACCUCAAG